AUGAAUAUAUAUGUAAAGAGGAAGCCCAGAAAAGGGCAAGACACCCGGAUGACCAAAUUAAGGACAGCCCACUACAUAUUCCACAGAGAAAUGAUAAUACAACAGAGAGAGAAUCAACGGACUAUUAUCCUGAAAUUGAAAACAGCCUGUAUCAUAACACUCUACCAAAUUACAAUACUAAACAGAGGGAAUUAUCACACCGUUAUUUCCAGAAUUAUAGACAACUUAUAUGAAAAGUCAGAGAAAAGUAUAAACACAAUAGAGGGAUUUUCCCAAAAUUCGUACAACCCACCUCAGUUAAGUGAAGAAUGUUACGUCGUCCUUCAAAACUUUAAAGGGGAAGAUAUAAAUGAAAUAAUCAGAUCGGUGAAUGAUAAUUUAUUUAGGAAGCUGAUGCUUGACAGAUGGAUAAAAUUGCAGGAACAUGCAACAACGGCGAUGCACACGCUGAAGGACCAUUUAUCAUAUUAUUUGGGAAAAUUAAAAAGUCCGUAUAGCGUGGAUGGAAACAUUGAAAGGGAACAGGUGCGGAACAGCAAUCAUAGUAUUAACAGAACCAUGAGGAUCUUGGAGGAGUAUUAG